AUGAUUUUCGAGCCGGCUGAGCGUGUGUUGCUCCCCACCAAAGACCUGCUGUCUUACAUAUUUGAUGACCCACCCUAUGAUCAAAACAAACCUAUUUAUAUUGAUGCAAAAAGCCCAAGUCGUUCGAUCUCAUGUAAUCAGGCCCGCAGCACGAUCAGAAAGCUGAUUGCUGGCCUGCGAGCUGCUGGCCUUCGCAAAGGGGAUUGCGUUCUCAUCCACUCUUUCAAUGACAUCAACUACAGUAUCCUUGUUCUCGCCAUCAUUGGUGCAGGUGGAGUAUAUACUGGCUCGAAUCCAUCGUACACACCAACCGAACUUGCGCAUCAUGUCAGAGCUGCCGAGUGCAAGUUUCUGAUCUCAGAGUCGGAAAUCUUGGACAAUCUUCUCUCGGCAGCCAAGCUAGUCGGAAUCUCAAGUGAGAAUGUUUGGAUCUUUGACAACGUCGCGCAAAUCGUCCCACCUGGCCAAAAAUCAUGGAAGACCCUGAUGAAACAUGGCGAAGAAGACUGGGUGCGUUUCAAUGACUUGAAAACAGCAGAGGCGACUACGGCCGCGAGACUUUUUAGCAGCGGAACUACAGGUCUGCCAAAGGCUGUCAUGAUUACUCACUAUAAUCUGAUUGCUCAACAUGAGCUCGCAGUUGAUCUCCACCCUCGCCCGUAUCCGCUUUCGCGAAUCAUUGCACUUCCUGUCUUCCAUGCCUCAGCUGCCCCGGUGACCCAUAUCUCCACUUUGAAGGCAGGACAAGAGGCUUAUAUGAUGCGGCGAUUUAACCUGGAAGAGUUCUUGUCCAACGUCGAAAAAUAUAACGUCACCGAUCUUGCGAUGGUGCCUCCUAUCGUCAUCGCCGUUCUGAUGUCUCCUAUCUCCAAGAAGAGACCCUUCCUGAAAAAGGUUCAGGGCGCGGCGUGUGGAGCUGCCCCCUUGGACAAAGAACUCCAGGCUCGUUUCCGCUCAAUGAUGGCUGAUGGUAGCCCUUUCACGCAAGUAUGGGGUAUGACAGAAACAUCAUGCGUUGCGACGAUGUUCCCAUACCCCGAACAUGAUGAUACCGGGUCGGUAGGGAGACUUAUUCCAAACUUGGAGGCAAAGCUCAUUGAUGAUGACGGUAACAAUAUUUCCGCCUACGGUGUUCGUGGAGAGCUGUGUGUUCGGGGAUCGACAGUCACCCCAGGGUACUACAAGAACCCCGAAGCCAACGCACAGUCUUUCGACUCAGACGGUUGGUAUAAAACAGGAGACAUUGCGUACUGCGAUAAGACGACUCGAAAAUGGUACAUAGUCGACCGCAAGAAGGAGCUUAUCAAAGUAAGGGGCUUCCAGGUCGCACCACCUGAGCUUGAAGCUGUUCUUCUGUCACACCCCCAGAUCGUCGAUGCGGCAGUGAUCGGCAUAACCUUCCCGAACGCCGAUACCGAGUUCCCCCGUGCUUAUGUAGUGCGACGUCCUGGAAAUGCAGGAGAGAAGAUCACGGAGCAUGAUGUCCAGAAAUAUGUUCUAGAGCGACUUGCACGAUUCAAGGCGUUGACCGGAGGAGUGAAGUUUGUCGGAUCCAUUGCAAAGAACCCGAGCGGAAAAAUCCUCAAACGAGUCCUCAGAGAUGAUGCGAAGAAGGAGAUCGAGACUGGAGUCAUCAAGCCGAAGCUUUAA